AUGGAGACUCUCCAGGUGCCCAGGAGCUCCUGGGUGCGGCUGCUGCUGCUGCUGCUGCUUGUGCCCUGGGGCGUUGGCACCGCCUCGGGCGUUGCCCUGCCCCCCGAGGGGGUCUUCAGGGUCCGCUCCCCCAACCGGGUCUGGGAGGGUCCGGCCACCCGCGUGUGGCGGCGGAGCCUGGCGCUGGCGGACGACGUGGCCUUCCGGGAGCGCGCACGGAUGCUGGCCGCCCUGGAGCGCCGCCACUGGCUGAACUCGUACAUGCACAAGCUGCUGGUGCUGGACGCGCGCUGA